AUGGAACUGGUCGGACACUACAUCGCCAAGAAUCAAAUUGAUAAUCCUUUUAAAAAUGGAAUCCUGGGAGCAGACUGGUUUAUAUCUUUUAAGAACCGACACAAUUUAUCGAUUAAAAAACCACAGACAGUUGAAAACUUGCGGAAAAAAGCCUGCAACCCCUGGAUUAUCUACACUUAUUUUGACUUAUUAAAGAAAACCAUGGAUGAGCUGGGAUUACAUGAUAAACCAUCACAAAUCUGGAAUCUAGAUGAAACUAGUUUUAGCAAAGACCCCAGUAAAACCAAAGUGGUAGGCCUGAGAGGUUUUGCAUCAACAAGAACGAUAUCAUCACCCGGCAAAGACAAUACAACAGUUUUGCUUGGAUGCAGUGCAGCCGGUGACAAAACACCUCCACUUAUUAUAUUUAAAGGAAAAAAUGUGUGA